CUGGAGAGGGAGCCCAGGAGCUGCCGCGCGCCCGCCAAACGCGGGCGCAGGACCCAGGCGUCCGAGGCCGGGCUCGGGUGGGGCCCCCCCACCCGCGUUCCCGCCCCCGGGGCCCCGCCCCUCGCGACCCCCCGCGCCUGCCCCCCGCGCGGAGAGGGGCCGGUCACCGACGGCAGCGGGCAGGUGCCAGCCCGCCCCGGAUGGGCAUCGUGGCGCGGGGCUGCGGAGACAUGCUGACGGGUACCGAGCCGAUGCCGGCGAGCGACGAGGGCCGGGCGCCUGGCGCCGACCCGCAGAACCGCUACUUCUACCCGGAUCCCGGCGCCCAGGACGCGGCCGACCGUCGCGGGGGCGCCACCCUGGGGGCGCCCUACGCAGGGGGCGCCCUGGUGCCCGCUCCGCCAGGCCGCUUCCUCGGAGCCUACGCCUACCCGCCCCGGCCCCAGGCCACCGGCUUCCCCGGGGUGGGCGAGCCCUUCCCGCCGACGGCAAGCGCGGAGGGCUACCAGCCUGGGGACGGCUACGCGGCCCCGGACCCGCGCUCGGGACUGUACCCGGGGCCGCGCGAGGACUACGCGCUGCCCGCGGGGCUGGAAGUGUCCGGAAAGCUGAGAGUAGCGCUCAACAACCACCUGUUGUGGUCCAAGUUUAAUCAGCACCAGACGGAGAUGAUCAUCACCAAGCAGGGACGGCGGAUGUUCCCAUUCUUGUCAUUUACUGUGGCGGGACUGGAGCCCACCAGCCAUUACCGGAUGUUCGUGGACGUGGUCUUGGUGGACCAGCACCACUGGCGGUAUCAGAGCGGCAAGUGGGUGCAGUGUGGAAAGGCUGAGGGCAGCAUGCCAGAACAGGCAAAGAAGCCCCACAUCACUAUGGGGUCUGGUCCCCAGGGGGUUGCGUGCCAAGGAGGUUCACUGUCCACAGGAAACCGCCUCUACGUCCACCCAGACUCCCCCAAUACCGGGGCCCACUGGAUGCGCCAGGAAGUUUCAUUCGGGAAACUAAAGCUCACGAACAACAAAGGGGCCUCUAACAAUGUGACCCAGAUGAUCGUGCUCCAGUCCCUCCAUAAGUACCAACCUCGGCUGCACAUCGUCGAGGUGAACGACGGGGAGCCGGAGGCAGCCUGCAGCGCUUCCAACACGCACGUUUUCACCUUCCAAGAGACCCAGUUCAUCGCCGUGACCGCCUACCAGAAUGCGGAGAUUACUCAGCUGAAAAUUGAUAACAACCCUUUUGCCAAAGGAUUCCGGGAGAACUUUGAGUCCAUGUAUGCAUCUGUUGACACGAGCGUGCCCUCCCCGCCCGGACCCAACUGUCAAUUGCUCGGCGGAGACCACUACUCUCCUCUCCUACCGAACCAGUAUCCCGUUCCUAGCCGCUUCUACCCCGACCUUCCUGGGCAGGCCAAGGAUGUGGCUUCCCAGCCGUACUGGUUGGGGGCCCCCCGGGACCACAGCUAUGAGGCCGAGUUUCGAGCAGUCAGCAUGAAGCCUGCCUUCCUGCCCUCCGCCCCUGGACCCACCAUGUCCUACUACCGAGGCCAGGAUGUCCUGGCGCCUGGAGCUGGCUGGCCGAUGGCCCCCCAGUACCCUCCCAAGAUGGGCCCAGGCAGCUGGUUCCGCCCCAUGCGGACUCUGCCCAUGGAACCUGGUCCUGGAGCUUCUGAGGGACGGGGGCCAGAGGACCAGGGCUCCCCUUCGGUGUGGACUGAGAUCACCCCCAUCCGGCCAGAGUCCAGUGACUCAGGACUGGGUGAAGGAGACUCUAAGAGGAGGCGUGUGUCCCCCUAUCCUUCCAGUGGUGACAGCUCCUCCCCUGCUGGGGCCCCUUCUCCUUUUGAUAAGGAAACUGAAGGUCAGUUUUAUAGCUACUUUCCCAAUUGAACAGAUGACAUGACAGGAACAAUGUCAUCAGGUUGGAAGACACCAAAUACCGCAGACAGGUGACUCAGGACUGGUAGGCCCCCUGCUCCCUCUGUCCUUUCUCCUUUUGUAGUUGGUUGAGGAAGAGGGGUGCCAAGUAGGCUUCUGGGGUUCACUUGCUGCUUUGGGCCCAAAGCGAAACCUGAGAGACGUGUUCCCUGCCCCCUCCUUUGCCCUAACUACGGUCAUUUACCUGGUGCUGCUUCUGGCUGUGGGUUCCCAGCUGGAGAACAGAAAACAGAACAAGAAAGUCUUGGACACAAAGGAGCUUCCUCGCUUCUGUGGGGGGGUGGGGUGAGGGGUCAGGUGUGUGAAAAUAAAGAUGCUGAGGGUUUAAUGACAGACAGCCAGCCAGUGUCGGCGAGGGGACUCAGAUGACUUUGGGGCAGCUGGCCUGGGCCCCAUCUGCUCAGAGACAGUGGGGUCCUGAGGAAGAGGCUGGAAAGGGGGGCGGGGUUGGUGCACACCGCAAAGUCUUGCGGUGGGGAUUAGUUGUGUGCGCGCACGCUUUCUUUCUUUCUUUCUUUUUCUUUUUUUUUUCCUUUUUGAACGGGGAGGCUAUUUAUUGUACAGAGAGUGGUGUUUGGAUCUAUUUCUUUGUUUUCAUCACUUUCUGAAAAUAAACGUGAAACUGUAGAA